GAUGUCUUGCAACACCUCUCAUCAGAGGCCUCCAAAGGCAGAGUCUCCCCCCAAGGGGAGGAAGACGAGAUACCUACGUCAUGACAAGCCCCCCUACACCUACUUGGCCAUGAUCGCUCUGGUAAUUCAGGCAGCACCUUUCCGCAGGCUGAAGCUGGCCCAGAUCAUCCGUCAGGUCCAGGCAAUGUUUCCCUUCUUCAGGGACGACUACGAAGGCUGGAAGGACUCCAUCCGCCACAACCUUUCCUCUAACCGGUGCUUCCGGAAGGUGCCCAAGGACCCUGCAAAGCCCCAGGCCAAGGGCAACUUCUGGGUGGUGGAUGUGAACCUGAUCCCAGCAGAGGCUCUGCGCCUUCAGAACACUGCUCUGUGCCGGCGAUGGCAGACCCGGGGCACACGCAGAGCUUUCGUCAAGGACCUGAGCCCCUUCGUGCUCCACGGCCGGCCUUACCGGCCGCCCAGUCCCCCACCACCAUCCAGGGACGGUUUCAGCAUCCAGUCCCUGCUAGCGGACCCCGGGAAAGGAUCGACAUGGCCCCAGCAGCCUGCACUAGCUGGACAGAGCAGUUCAGCUCAGGCAGGUACUAGCUCCAAGGGGGAAGAAGAGAUGUGUACUGCGCCCCGUAACUCUACUGAGAAGCCUCUGUGGCCCCUCUGCUCCCUUCCUGGGCCCACAAGAAUAGAGGGGGAGACUUCCCAAGGGGAAGUCAUCAGGCCUUCUCUUUCCCCAGAGCAAGGCACCUGGCCAGUUCACUUACUUCAGGGUUCCCAAGAUCCCAUGGGGAUGUCCAGCAGGGGGGCUCCAGGGAAAGAGAUCUAG